AAGAAUCCAAGAUGGCGGAAAAUCAAACGAAGAAUUUUCCGGAAAAGUACACCCUUGUCGCCGUUAUUCACCAGAAAAAGACUUUGAUUGAGUUUCAUAGAACAUGAAGCGUUGUAUAAAUGAUUUGAGGUUGAUGGUGUUUCUUUUAACCAUUGUGUAACUGGUCAUUGGAUCUGAAAAUGGCGAGCUGUAACCCAGAUUCAGCUGAUUCUGUGGAAUCCCCAGUACUGUCGUUGUUCAAAAUGACAAAGGGUUCUGCCAUGCUCAAGGUCAAGCGGCAUGGAACUCCUCAGAUCAAGAAGUUUGUAUUAUCAAGAGAUCUUGCUCAUUUACAAUGGGGAACUCCAAAAAAUAAAGGAGAAAAAUCUGUAUCGACUUCACAAAUGACUGAGCUUUUAAAAGGACAAAAGACCAAAGUAUUUCAGAACUGCCCUAUUCCACAGAGAGAGUCCAUGUCUUUCUCUGUGGUUUACAAGAUUGGUAAAAGUUUGCAGACAAUAGAUGUUGUUUGUUUUGACAAACAGCAGUGUGAUACAUGGACAUCAGGUUUGCAGGCCUUGGUGAGUGGUUUUAAUGACAGAAAGGUCAUUGAUGAACUGUAUAAAAGUGGAAAGAAUGGAGAUGAGAUAGAUAACCAUCGUGUACCACCAACGGAUGAUAUCCCUUUGCAACCCAUGACUGCAAAUGGACAACAGCGUAAUGAAGAUGCCUGUGACCUGUACACGUGGGGUAAUGGCUCCACAGGAAUGUUGGGGCAUGGUGAAAAUGCCGAGGAGAAUGUUCCCAAAGUUGUAGAGGCAUUGCAAUCAAAGGAUGUGAUGAAAAUAGCCUGUGGAACCACUCACACUGUUGUGUUAACAAACGAAGGAGAAGUGUUUUCUUGGGGUUUAGGGUAUGGUGGCAAGCUUGGACAAGGACAUCUUAGAGACAGAUCGACCCCGCUCAGAGUUGCUGCAUUGAAAGACAUGAAAAUAACGACAAUUGCGUGUCACGAAUUCCACACAGCAGCAGUUUGUGCUACAGGAGAAUUAUACACAUGGGGCAAAGGAGGUCCAAGGCUUGGAUAUGAGAGCGCUACAAGAAAAGAAAUACUACCAAGAUUGGUGGAAGGACUUGAAGAACACCGAGUUUCACACGUGGCUUGUGGACAAGCCCAUACUCUAGUGUGCACCAAGAACGGACAGUGUCUUGCUUUUGGUGACAACGAGUUUGGCCAGCUCGGAAUCAAAGGACUCAACAUGAGUUAUGAGCCAUUGAGAGCACACGAGCUGGAGAGUCAUCACAUCUUGUACGUGGCUUGUGGAGCGCGUCACAGUGCAGUGUUAUCCGAUACUGGAUGUCUGUGGACGUGGGGUGAUAACAGGUCUGGUCAACUAGGAGUGGAAAAUCUGAGCCUCUCGUGCAAUCCGAUCACUUUGUCAACGUUGGCAGAAUUAAGGAAUCAAGUGAUAAUUGAUGUAAGUUGUGGAGACAAGCACACAGUGUUCUUAUCAAAAAAAGGAAAGCUGUUUGGAAUGGGCGAUAACUCAGAAAACCAACUCGGAAUGAACCAAAGAAACAAGUCCGGAGAGACAAUCUUAAGGGUAAAUGUACCCACCCGCAUUCAACUAUCCGCUCACUUCAGAGCUUCCAAAGCAAUACAACUUUCAUGCGGAGCUUCUCAUACAGCCGCUGUUACAGAAUCAGGAGAAAUAUUUACGUGGGGAAAGGGAAAAGCAGGUCGCUUAGGUCACGGUGAUACAAGAGACAGACCAGUGCCUUGUGAACUAGACAUGGAUGGCAAGCGAGUCCGUCAUGUGGAAUGCGGUAAUACACACACAGCAUGCCUUGUCACUAGGGCUUGGGUCUCAGAGGAUUUGGUUAAGAACUGCAUGGCGUGCAAGACAAAGUUUUCAUUGGUGAACAGGAAGCAUCACUGCCGCAAGUGUGGAGGCAUUUUUUGCGCUUCAUGCACUUCAAAACGAACUUCUGUUCUCAAUCUGCCAGGAGAUCGCAUCCCUCGACGAGUUUGUGACAGAUGCUACACAGUUCUUCUAGAAGACGUGACGUGAGGUUCUCCUGAAAAUGCCUUUAACCAAGGCACGUACGUACGGUAGUUUGUCUCCGAGAUUCAGAUUAGCCCGCAGUUGGUUUAUGUCUCUGACGCUCUUAUAAACACAUGAUGGACGUAAUUGAUUAGCAACGGAUAUGUCUUGACGGAAGCUAGGAAAGCCGGGUCGAGUACAUGAAGUUGAGGUUCAGUGGUAAAUUUUCUUCAUGACAAAAAAGAUGAGAGAAUGAUUUUUUUCCCGUGGUUUACUAUUUUUCCUAGGCUUUUCUUUUCUUUUAAACUGUUCCUGUUCCGAAAUAUUGUUCUUUGUGCGACAGGACUUCGUAAAAAACUUUCAUUUAAAUUAAGUUCGUAGUUUAAGAGUAUUUUUCUUGUGAUCUUCCCCAAUGCAUCUUAAAUUCAUCACGAUGUGCUGGAAGCAUUUUUUUUGUGGCUCGCGUCGUACGCCAUUGAAUACCAAAUGAGUGAAGCAGAUUCUGUGGUCUACGCAAUACACACACAAAAAAAAUGAUAACUAAAGACCAAAACAAAGAUCAAUGAGAAUAUCAAAACUGAUCGGAUGAAGUAAUUUUUCAAUGUAAAUGUGCAAGUGUACACGGUUUUACAACAAACCGCAUUUAUCAUAUAAAAUUUCGUCAAUCUGUACUAUGUUAAUACUAAGGUAUUGUUCAAGUGACACAGGUGUUUAACAUUCAACAUUUCACCCAAAACAAUGUAUUUGAAAACAAUUCUCUCGUGAAUGGGCCGUACU